UGCAAACAGGAACCUAGAAAGUUGCUCUGGAGGAAAUGUCAGCCGGGGAGGAAUUCUAUGCGGGCAUCCCCAUGAUCCUGUAUGUCCCCAGUGCUGGGCCAGGAUAUGUCCUGUGUUUCAAACAGUACAAUGCAGAGGAGGUGCUGAUGGGACGGACCAUGGAGGACUGGUUGAGGUUCUCAGUCUGUUACUGGCACUCCUUCUGUGGAACUGGUGCGGAUCCUUUUGGGUUUCAGACGCUCCACCGGCCCUGGAAUGAAGGGACUCCUAUGGAAGCAGCCGAGAGGCGACUCAGUGCUGCUUUUGAGUUUUUCACCAAGCUUGGUGUUAAAUAUUACACAUUUCAUGACAGAGACAUGGCCCCUGAGAGCUCCACUCUGGUAGAGUCCAACAGGAAUCUGGAUGAAAUCACAGACAUGGCCCUCCAGCUGCAGAACCAGACUGGAGUCAAGGUGCUCUGGGUCACUUGCAACCUCUUUGCCCACCCAAGGUAUAUGAACGGUGCAGCCACCAACCCUGACUGUCAUGUUCUGGCCUACGCUGGGGCUCAGGUGAAGAAGGGACUGGAUAUUGCCAAGAAGCUUGGUGCAGAGAAUUUUGUGUUCUGGGGAGGAAGAGAAGGUUUUCUUUCCAUCCACAAUACGGAUGUUGCUACUGAGCUGAAGCACAUGGCCAACUUCUUCAAAAUGGCUGUUAAGUACAAGGAGCACAUUGGGUUAAAGUGUCAGUUUCUAAUUGAACCAAAGCCCAAGGAGCCUUGCAAACACCAGUAUGAUUAUGAUGCCAUGAGUGUUAUAGGAUUCCUGAAGCACUAUGGUCUGGAGAGUCACUUCAAGUUAUAUAAUAUUGAGCCCAACCACACCACCCUUGCAGGACACUCCUACGAACAUGACAUUGUCAUGGCUUCUGCGUUUGGCAUGCUGGGUUCGGUUGACGCAAACACUGGCUCUCCAGACCUGGGGUGGGACACAGAUCAGUUCCCCAUGGACAUCAUGAACACCACCUUGGUCAUGAAGACCAUCAUUGAACAAGGUGGUCUGCAGCCAGGAGGCCUCAACUUUGAUGCUAAGGUGCGCAGAGAGUCCACAGACCUGGAAGACCUGUUCAUAGCUCACAUUGGAGCCAUGGACACCUUUGCAAGAGGACUCAGGAACACUGUUCGCAUCAUUGAGGAUGGAAUUAUCACUGGUAUGGUGAAGGAGCGAUACUCGAGCUUCAAUCAGGGUCUUGGUCAGAAAGUGGAGGAUGGUUCUGCCUAGGGUUGGGUACUGAGAACCGGUUCCAGGGGGGGGGAUCUCCUCGUGAGACCUCUCCCCGGCGCUGGCUGCCCCUCCCCCGCCGUGCGCAUUUCCUCCGUGGCGGUGCGCCACGACCGGCUCCGGGUCGGCUUGGAAAGGCUCAGGGCGGGAGGAGCGAAGACCACGCCGAGAAAUGUUUCAUAAAAGCGUCUGCAUUUGGGGGGGCGAAGGCGGGGGGCCGAAGCCCCCCUGCGACAGCCCCUGCCGCGGAGACACGGGGGUCUCCGCGUGACGGGAAAGCGACCCUCAGUCUUCAUUUGGCUCAGGCACCGAAGUCAGAGUCACGAGUCAGAGUGUGUGUGUUUUGUAUUUAUUUUUAUUUAUUUAAGUAUAGUGUAAACUUUUGUUAACAGUUCGUAUGUUAUUCAUAGUUUUAAGUUAAAAAGGGUUUUGUAUUUAUUUAUAUUUAUAAUCUACCUUAAACAGUUAAUAUAUUUGGCAAUAAAAAAGCCUUUCUUAGUCAAGCAUCGUUUUGUGCACUUUUUUGAAAAAAGUAUCGGUUCAGGCACCGUUUAGGCACCGGUAUCGUUUUAAAAGUAUCGGUUAGGAACCGGUAUCGGAUAAAAACCAAACGAUACCCAUCCCUAGUUCUGCCACCUUAGAGGAGAUGGAGGUAAGACUCCACCUGAGCUCCUCAGUGAGGAUGAUACUAAAUAUUUAUAAUAUA